AUGACCGCCCUGAAAGAGCGACUUGAUCGCAUCGUGCCUAGCAUAGAGCGGAUUUGCGAUGUCUCAGGCAUCGCCGGCUUAUCGUUGGGUAUUAUCAGUCGCGGUCAAAUUGUCACUACAAUACAUCACGGCUACAAAAACAUCGAUAACAAAGCGAAGCCCGACGAUGACACUGCGUAUGGAAUCGGAUCGUUAACGAAAGGCUUCACCGCGGCGACGUUGGCAAGUCUCGUUGACGAAGGAGCUGUCACGUGGGACACGAGCAUCAAGAGCAUCAUACCGGACUUUCGCACCACCAGUGCUGAAGUAACUGAGAGACUGACAGUCAAAGAUGCGCUAGCCCAUAGAAUGGGUCUCACGCGUUCCAACCAGUUGUGGCAUGGAAAGGACAACCACAUUCUCAUCGAGAAGAGUCACGUCAUCAAGCACUUCACCACCAUGCGAAACACCCAACCUUUCCGCUCGAAAAUGCACUACAAUAACUGGGGAUAUGCGCUUGCUGGGGCUGUAGUUGAGAAGUUGACCGAACAAGACUGGGGAACGGCGGUCACCGACAGAGUGCUUCGUCCAUUUGGCCUAAGCAAGACAUACACGCGUCCCCAUGAAAGUGCAGACUUCGCUUCACCGUACGCGGCUUUGGACGAUAGGACUUGCGUUCCUCUUGAACCUUUCAAAGUGAAAGCUGGCACACUCAUGGAUUCAUCACAAGGCUUAUGGAGCACGGUGACCGACAUGCUUCAGUGGUGUUCGAAACUGUUGAGAGCCAAUGAGCAGCAGAACAACAAACAAGACGUGGACAACGAAUCUAUGAUCCAGCUUACCGAGAUCUUUUCACCGCAGAUCAAGAUAUCCGACGAUGAGAAGGGACCGUUUUACGGCUUAGGUUGGGCCUUGACGGACCUGCCCUCGCCCAUGGGCGCUCUCGGCUGCAACCCGGGACUUAUCUCACACAUGCCUACGGUCGGCAAGAGCUCAAAGGAAAGGAUCAUAUACUCGCAAGGAAGCCUUGCUGGCUACACAGCGAAUCUGAUACUAGUCCCUGGUCAAGAUGUUGGAAUCGCUGUCCUGACCAAUUCUAUUGCUCUGAAUGACGGGGCCGAUUGGGUCGCUCAAGCUGUACUGGAGGCUGUCCUGGACGAGCAGCAGCCUAAUGACUUCGUACAGGCUGCUACAACAAGUGCUCAGAGCAUGGUGGACAAGUUUCCACAGAUGGAGAAACGUCUUCGAGAGUCCCAACAUUCGGACGCACCACCCAAACGGCUGACGGAAUACACGGGGGUGUAUCGCAAUGACAUCAAAGAUUUCUGCAUUGGCAUCCGUGAAGACGGCAGCCACAACGCUUUAGCAUUAUACUUCCAAGACAAAGACUCGCAACGAUGGCCACUAAAACACUACCAAGCGGACGAGUUUACAUGGUUGAUGUCGCAUGACGAAGCAGUCAGGCAUGCAAGGUUCCCGUAUCCGCCCGAGAAGAUUUUCAAGUUCGGCUUCGAAUCGUCAAACGGUCAGAUUUCGGGCUUGUGGUGGACUCACGACCUUGACUCGGAGCCUGAGUUCUUCCAAAAGACAUCGGGACCGAGGGACGCCGGCGUGGGGUCAUCGUCGGUGGGAUACGAACCUGCAAGUUUGACACCCCGCUGACUAUAGAUAGCACAAAUGAACACUCUCUAACAGCUACCCGUACACGUAGUCUUCUGUUGGCUCUGGUGGUGGCUGGCAUCGCUCUCUACUACGCCUGUUUGCGCGGAAAGGGUCGAAGUUGGCGUGACAUCAAACGACUUUGAGUACGAGGGCGUUCGACCAAUCCUUUCCGUCGAUCGUGCCCGCCUAUCGUGCUGUGACGCGUGAGCGGUGUGUUGUUUGUGUGUCGCCAGUGGCUAUGCGCACAGGAAAGGUGGCGCGAUUAAGCAUUUGACGAAUUGGUUUUCAUCGCCUGGCACGUAGCACGUCGACAUGUACUGGCGUACGUGUCAUAGAUAUAAUCAUAAGCCUGAAAAUCGAUGUGCGCCCGAUUGCAACAUUCGUUCUUGCAGCCGCAUUCAUGAAAAAGCUGGAGAUCUGAAGGCCACGUGUCCCGAACUAAACAUGAUCGUUCCUAAGGU